UCUCCGCCAUGACAGACGCAUUUUGGCACAUUCUCCAGCAGCAGUCAGUCAAAGCAAAGUGACGCGGAGCAGCGGACGGCGAGUGUUUUGGAUUUACGGAAGAUAAAGUGGGCACUGGGAACCGUUUUCACGGCCGCUGUGCUUCCAGCCUGCUUGAAAAGAGUCAGCAUGUCCAGCGAGGUGCAGCCGAGGCCGGACGACAGCCCCAACACCAGCGGGGGGAGCUCCGACGCCGAGCAGAGGGAGGCGGCCCCUCCAGAGCAGCCCGGCCCCGAGCAGCGGGACCAGUCUCAGCCCAAAAAGAAGGAGGCCAAAAUCUCCAGUAAGACCGCUGCCAAGCUCUCCACCAGCGCCAAGAGGAUCCAGAAGGAGUUGGCAGAGAUUACUCUGGACCCGCCACCAAACUGCAGUGCCGGCCCCAAAGGAGACAACAUCUAUGAGUGGAGGUCCACCAUCCUGGGCCCCCCAGGCUCUGUGUACGAGGGAGGAGUGUUCUUCCUGGACAUCGCCUUCACACCAGACUACCCCUUCAAACCCCCUAAGGUGACGUUCCGCACCAGGAUCUACCACUGCAACAUCAACAGCCAGGGGGUGAUCUGCCUGGACAUCCUGAAGGAUAACUGGAGUCCUGCCCUCACCAUCUCCAAGGUCCUGCUGUCCAUCUGCUCCCUGCUCACCGACUGCAACCCUGCGGACCCCCUGGUGGGAAGCAUCGCCACACAGUACCUGACCAACAGAGCCGAGCAUGACAGGAUAGCCAAACAGUGGACCAAACGCUACGCCACAUAGAGCCGCGCUCACCCCAACAUCACGUCCAACUCUUCCUGUCCUCCGGCUCUACGGAAUCAUCCACCUACACCCCCACCCCGCUGACAUAUGAACUGUUCUUUGUUCCAUGCUGACUUGAAAAGCUUCUUUUUAUACAAAGAGUCUAUUGGGAUUGUAUUUUCCAAUACACUGAAUGUUGAUAUGGUCAUGAAAAGCUUUAAUACUGUUAUUGUUCUUGUUGAUGUUGCUGUUCUUAAUGCAUUGUUUAUACCAUGGUUGCCACUCUGGUCAUGUCCUUUAUUGAAAUGUGUGUGUGUGUGUGUGUGUGUGUGUGUGUGUGUGUGUGUGUGUGUGUGUGUGUUUGGGGCGGGGGGAUUUUUACCUUGCAGCUGAAGUCUUAACUUGUUUAUUGUAUUUUAAAUUAUCUGCAGCCCGACUGUAACCCCAUGUCGUAGCCUGAGCUCCAGGAUGGCUCCUUCCUGGAGUCGCCAUGACUACCAGUCAGAUGUUUGGUGUUUGCUUCUCCUCCAGAAUGCGAAGUUGGUUCACUCAUGUAGGCAUGUUUAGGUGUGGAUGGAUGUUGGUUGUGAUUUGUGUUUGGAGCGUUCUGUUUCUCCCUUUGAAAUAAUUAAACAAAACCAAGAAGUCCGGUUGG